AUGUCUCAAGCUAUUACGGAGGAACUCGGAAACUUGAUUGUUGAGUCUUCCCAGUUAUUAUCACAAUCUCAGUCACAAGAAGCUGUGGAUCUUUUAAAAGAGCAUUCGGCUACAUUCCAAUCGCAUCCAGUAUAUUUACAAAGUCUUGGAGAGGCACUUCUUGAAAAUGGUGAUUUAAACAAUGCAUACGAUGUUCUCCAACGUGCUUGUGACUUGGAUCCACAAUCUCGUCAGGGAGUAGAGAAAUUCCUAUACUUGGGUCAGAUUGUAGGUGGAGAAAAAGGUGUUGAACUAUUGCAAACAGGAGUGAACAGAUUGUUGAGUGACCUUGAUCAGCUCAUGAAGGGAGUAGUGAGCGAUAAUGCCGAUGAUGGUUUGCAGUUGCUAUUCGCCGCAUACAAGACCCCACAGGGAAUACGUCAAUAUAUAAAUCAGAAGUUGAAUCAGGCGAUUUUUGCCAUUAUCGAAAUCUGGAUGACAGAUCUAUGCGAGGAGCCUCAGGCUGAGUCUGAAUGUGAAAAGUGGAUUCAGAAGGCUCUAGAAGUGGACCCGGAAAAUCCAGAGGCUUGGUCUCUACUUGCCAGUAUUAGAAUAUCGCAGAUGAAAAACGAAGAAGCAGUUAAAGCCAUCGAGAGAUCGUGGCAACUGUUCCGAGAGAAAAAAUCCAGACUUGAGAUAGCAUCCAAAGAUGAUAACAUGAAUUCCAAGGGAGAGUCAGAUGCCUCUGAUUUGCAAAUGGCCUAUAUCGAGAUGGCUGAACCAAUUCUUACAUUAGCAAAGUACGCAAUAGAAAUGGGUCUUUUUGAAAAUGCCGCACUUAUCGCAGCUGCCGUUCAGGAUAUUAAUGAGCAGUCUGUUGAAAGUUUCUACUUGGAAGGCUUUUCGAAUUACCUCAAUGCCAAAAGAAUUCAAAAUGGAAUAUCAAAGGAUGAAGGACGCCAAGUGUCUCUUGAUUUCACAAAAUUCCCACUCAAUGCCAAGGUUGAGAGGUCCGAUCCUAGUUAUGAGUCAAUCUCCAAUGCGAGAAAUGCCUUUACUGGGGGUUUUAAGCUAUUACAAGCGGAUUCCGUACUGGAAUCAACAGAUAAGGAUGUGAAGAAAGCAGUGUAUCAUCUUCUCAAGGAGCUUGGAGGACCUGCAAAGAGUAAAAGCAACGCUGAUCUCGAUGUAGAUGAUAAUACGUGGAAUUCGAUUGUGGAGAGUAUAGAGUGA